ACCAGGAGUUAUCUUUUUUUCAAACUACGAGAUCGGUUAAGGACAAAAUAUCCAACUAAGGUUUUUCACAACAGAGAAACGUCCAAGAUUGAAAUUACUUACUACUUAAAGUUGUAUCUGUUUGUAUCCUAAAUAUUGAUCAAGUAACAUAUUAAAAAUAACAUUGAAUAACGUUAAUCUUUAGCGUUAUUAAAUUCACAACAUGUCAGACAAAGUAACUGUAACCGUAAACGAAGGAAAAAUUAAAGGGAUAAAAAAAACAUCGAUUUUUUCUGGUACUGAAUAUUUCUCUUUUCUUGGUGUACCUUAUGGCCAAGCUCCAGAAGGCCAACUGCGAUUCAAAGAUCCUGUGAAAGUGAGACCUUGGAAAAAUAUUAUUUUAGAUGCGACAACUGAAAAACAAGGGUGUCGACAGUUUUGCAUAUUCAAAAGAGAACUCGCCGGAUCGGAAGAUUGUUUAUACAAUAAUAUUCAUACAACAAAAUUACCAUCGAAAGGAGAUCCACUAAAGCCGGUCAUUGUCGACAUUCAUCCUGGCGGAUUAAUAUUCGGUUCUCCAGAUCCAGAUAUAUAUGGAUCGCCGGAUUUUCUUAUGCAUCAUGACGUAGUUUUUGUCACCGUUUGCUUUCGAUUGCAUAUAUUAGGUUUUCUGGAUCUCGGCUUGAAGGAGUGCUCCGGAAAUCAAGCAUUGAAAGAUAUCAUACUGAGUCUGCAAUGGAUAAAAAAUAAUAUAAAAGCAUUUGGUGGCGAUCCUGAUAACAUAACCCUGUUGGGAAGCAGUAGUGGAUCCUCCCUGGUACAGUGUUUGAUGCUCUCGCCAAAAGUAGAGGGUUUAUUUCAUAAAGCAGUAUUAAUGGGCAUGUAUGUCACAAAUCCUGUCCUCAUUAUUCCGCAAGAAAACGCCUCAAUCGCCUUUGAGUUAGCAAAAUCUGUGGAUUACGAGGGAACUGAUGAAAACGAAAGAAAAAAAUUAUUAUCAUAUUACAAACAACUUCCAGUGGAUACCAUUAUAUCAAUGAGGCCAGAAUCAGUUUUACAAAAACAAAAUAGCAAAGCUCCGGUGUGUCCAGGUUCUCUGUUUACGCAUAUUUUUAAUCAAGGAGAAAACUUGAUUCUACCAUUAUCGCCAAAAGAGAUGACACCAUCGAUGACUAGAAUACCGCUCAUCGUUGGAUUCUGCGAUAAUGAAGCUGCGGUGGGAUUUUUUCCUAGAUUCAAAAACCUAAUCAAGAAGAACUUUUAUUCUACUGUUCGUCAAAAUCCUUGGGGUUGGGGAGCAAAUUUAAACGACGAAGAAUUGAAACAAAUUCAAAAACAAAUUGAAACGUUCUAUUUGAAUGGGAAGUCAGUAGAUAAUGCACCAUUGAUGACGAAAAUAGAUAUUCAAACCGAUAUUUCACUAUCCGACGUAUACGACUCGGUCAUUAACGUCGUAGCUGCAGACCUACCCAACUCCGUGUACGUUUAUAAAUUCGGUUUUGAAGGCAAUAUAGGAACAAUGAAAGAUCGAAUUCGGGAAGCAGUCGACGAGCCACUGGAGGGAACCGUUCACGGCUGUGAUUAUAGUUACUUCGCUUUCAUGAAAGAAUACACCAGUAGAAAGAAGCCAAUUUUAACACAAAGAAGUAAAGGAAUGGUAGAGAUAUUCACGAAACUAAUUUGCACUUUUGCCAGAACAGGGGAUCCAAAUUACGAAAACUUGGGUGUACAGUGGAAUCCAACAACAGUAGAGAAUCCGUGUUAUUUGAGCAUAAAUGAACAAUUGAAAUCGCACGAAGGUAAAUUGAAUGGGAAACGGAUGGAAUUUUGGGAGAACAUGAAGAAUCAGUUCACCAAAAGUUGAUGAUAGGGCAGAUGAGAUUUUUAAUGUAAAAAUAUAUUCCUACAUUAUUUCAAUCGAGUGUAGAGCUGAGCAAAAAUAAUUUUUCUCUCACAAUCAAUAGAAAUUUUGCUCCCAUGAUUUAAGAAUAAGAUUCUCCACAAAUCAUUAAAAAUUACUAACUAACUACCUAUCAUCUUUUUUUAUUAUAAGGCGGCAACAAAUUACAACAG